AUGGCUGCUGCGCGCUGCUUGGCCGGGCUGCGCGGCGGGACUGCUGCGGGCGGCUGGAGGCCGCUGCUGGCCCGCUGGCCCCGGGGCUACCACACCGAGCGCGGGGUCUACGGCUACAAGCCCAGCCGCCAGGCGGAGGAACCCGGCCGGGGCGCGGAGCGAGCGGAGCCCUGCCGGCGAGCAGCUGACCACGGACUCGCUCGCUUAGUGACUGCCUAUCAUGAACAUGGGCACAAAGCUGCCAAAAUCAAUCCACUCUUUGCUGGCCAGGCUGUGAUGGACGCGGUGCCAGAAAUUCAGGUUUUGACGGAAACCUUACAAGGCCCUUUCAAUACAACAGGGCUUUUGAACAUGGGAAAGGAUGAAGCUUCUCUUGAAGAUGUCCUGUCUUAUUUGGGGCACAUCUUCUGCGGACAUAUCUCCAUAGAGACCAGCCAGCUAUCAAGCAUGCAAGAAAAGGAAUGGAUUGCUAAACGGUUUGAGGAGCUGAAGCAAGAAGCUUUUACUACCGAAGAGAAAAAGUAUUUGUCCAAGCUCAUGCUAGAAUCUCAGGAAUUUGAUCGCUUCUUAGCCACCAAGUUUGCCACGGUGAAACGCUAUGGUGGCGAAGGUGCGGAGAGCAUGAUGGGAUUCUUCCAUGAAUUAUUGAAGAUGUGCUCGUAUAGCGGGGUGACGGACAUCGUCCUUGGGAUGCCUCAUCGUGGAAGACUUAAUCUUCUCACAGGUCUUCUUCACUUUCCCCCUGAGCUGAUGUUCCGUAAGAUGCAAGGCUUGAGCGAAUUCCCGGAGAAGUCGCCUGCCAUCGGAGACGUCCUAUCCCACCUCACGGCCUCCGUGGAUCUGGACUUCGGGUCUCACCGCCCAAUUCACGCCAUCUUGUUGCCGAAUCCUUCCCACCUCGAAGCCAUCAACCCCGUGGCGGUUGGCAAAACCAGAGGGAGACAGCAAACGUUGCUGGAUGGGGAUUACUCCUUAGCCAGCUCGGCCCAGCCAGGAGAUAAAGUCAUUUGCCUGCAGGUUCACGGAGAUGCUUCGUUCUCUGGCCAAGGGAUUGUUCCAGAAACUUUUACCCUUUCCAAUCUGCCCCAUUUUAGAAUAGGGGGAAGCAUUCACCUCAUCGUUAAUAACCAACUGGGCUACACCACCCCAGCCGAUCGAGGGAGGUCCUCUUUGUAUUGCAGUGAUAUCGGUAAGAUAGUCGGCUGUGCCGUUAUCCACGUGAAUGGAGACGACCCGGAGGAAGUUCUCCGAGCUGCACGACUGGCGGUGGAGUACCAACGACUUUUCCGGAAGGAUGUGAUCGUGGACCUGCUCUGCUAUCGGCAGUGGGGUCACAAUGAACUCGACGAGCCCUUUUUCACCAACCCCACCAUGUAUAAAAUAAUCAGAUCCAGGAAAAGCAUCCCAGAUACCUAUGCAGAGGGCCUGGUGGCAGAGGGACUUACCACCGAGGAGGAGAUAUCCGAGAUCAAAACUUCCUAUUACUCAAAGCUCAACGAACAUCUCUCCACCAUGGCUAUGUAUGCGCCUGCGUGCCCUAAUCUACAGGCCCACUGGACCGGCCUAGUGGAGCCCACGCCGAGGGUCACAACGUGGGACACAGGUGUUCCUGGACCACUCCUCCAGUUUGUUGGGCUCAAGUCAGUGGAGGUGCCUGAAGAAUUGCAACUACACAACCACAUCCUGAAGACGCAUGCUCAGUCCAGAGUGCUGAAGAUGCAAGAAGGAGUAAAAUUGGACUGGGCCACUGCUGAAGCCUUAGCUUUUGGCUCUCUGCUGUGUCAAGGUUUUAACAUUCGUCUGAGCGGGCAAGACGUCGGCCGAGGGACCUUCAGCCAGAGGCAUGCCAUGUUGGUUUGUCAAGAGACGGGAGAAACCUACAUCCCUUUGAACCACAUGUCUGCAGAUCAGAAGGGCUUCUUCGAGGUGAGCAACAGCCCCCUGUCGGAAGAAGCAGUGCUCGGCUUUGAGUAUGGAAUGAGUAUUGACAACCCCAAUCUGCUGCCCGUUUGGGAGGCUCAGUUUGGGGAUUUCUUCAACGGAGCUCAGAUAAUAUUUGACACGUUUGUCUCUGGAGGAGAAGCCAAGUGGCUCCUGCAGAGCGGACUGGUGGUUCUCCUUCCACACGGCUACGACGGGGCUGGCCCGGAACAUUCUUCUUGCAGGAUUGAACGGUUCUUGCAGAUGUGUGAUAGCUCAGAAGAGGGGAUCGAUGGGGACCACAUAAAUAUGUCUGUGGUCCAUCCAACCACCCCAGCACAAUAUUUCCAUUUGCUUCGGAGACAGAUGGUUCGAAACUUCCGGAAACCCCUCAUUGUGGUGUCGCCCAAAACUCUCCUUCGCUUACCUACUGCCGUGUCAACCUUACUAGAAAUGGCUCCAGGAACCACCUUCAGACCUGUCAUUGGUGAUUCAACAGUGGAUCCUAAAAGUGUCAGCAAGGUGAUUCUCUGUUCUGGCAAACAUUAUUACGCUUUGGCCAAACAACGAGAGCUGCUUGAAGAAAGGAAGCACAAUACUGCCAUUGUGAGAUUAGAAGAAUUGUGUCCUUUCCCUCUGGAAGCUCUGCGACAAGAGAUGAAUAAGUUCACUAAGGCCAAAGCUUUCAUCUGGAGCCAGGAAGAACCUCAGAACAUGGGGCCAUGGACCUUUGUGUCCCCAAGGUUUGAAAAACAGCUGGCUUGUAAGCUCUGCCUUGUAAGUCGACCCGCCUUGCCAGCUCCCGCCGUGGGCAUCGGUGUCCUGCAUCAGCAACAGCAGCAAAAUCUCCUUACUGAAACAUUUGCUUGAGACUUAACCUGCAGUGGGACUUUGGGCGUUACAACGAGGCCAGGAAAACAAGAAUCCAAAACUGGAAAGAAUCUUUGCUCUUGAGGUAUGCUGCUGAAAAUGAAUUUGGCCGAACCAGAGUUAAAAUGGAGUCUCCUAUUCCUUUUCCUACAGAUGUAAACAAUUGCCUACAAUUCUGCCAAUGCAAAUUCAUGGGAUUUAAACGUGUUUACAUUGCUCUGGUUUGCACCGAUAGGUGAAUGUGAGGAACAGACCAACAUUUUUAAUCAAUUAAUCAAUGAUUGUUAUGGAAGUUCUUAAAUUGUAUUAACAAUGCAACAGUGCUUGCCUGUGGCAUUACAAGUCAAACUGCAGGAGUUAGGUAUUUUCCAUUAGUCAUCAUCACCAUAAAAAAAAACAAACCCCAGGAUGACUUUCUCGAAUUAAAGUAGCUUUUUCUGAUACUGCAAAAGAAAGUAUUUAUUACAGUUGAUUUACUUUUCACAACAAUGCUAGGUAUUUGUAAUCCAUACUAAAUCAGGGAAACUUUAAAUACAGGGAUUAUUGUACAUAUAGCUCUUAUUACUAAAACAAGUCUUGUUAUAUGUGUGCACUUUAGCCAUCUUCUAAAAGCUACAUAGGCCUACUUUAUGAAAAUAAAUAAAUCUGGGCUAUGUCAUUUUGGAUUCUAGACAGUGGAAUAAUGUUGCUAAACAAUUCUCACCCAAAAUAAAAUUUUGUUUUGUGUGCAAAUUAAAGUCUUCUAUAGAUCUAAGUGCUAUGUGCCAGCCUUAAAUUUAUUUUAUUAUAUACUUACAUAUGAAGCCAUACAUUUUCCAUCAAUGAUCCAAAAGCAGAAACGUUUUCAGCAUUAUCUUUGCUAAUUCCUUAGAUUUGAAAUUGAUUAUGAAAGAUUUUUUGGCCAUCUAGUCAAUGUUGAGUCUUAUCAAUCACAUACCCAGAUAUAUAUAUAUAUAUUUUAGAAGAUUUGAAAUAGAGGGAAAAUAAAUUGAAAACUGCAAUUGUUGGAUGAAUUAUAGCAGGUUCUGUUCUCACAUCUAUAAAUAGAUAUUCUGUAUUAUGAAAUAAUGGGGGUGGGAAAUAUCACAUCUUCCUCUUUGAUUUGAUUUGCUUUGAAUGUCUUAAUUGCACUUUCUGUACCUGCAACCGAAAUGUUUUAGGAACUGUGACACUGAUUUCUUUUCAAGUCUUUUUACGUUUCCAAAGUAACUUUUAUAGCACUAUCCAAAUGCAUUUUAUGUUUCUUUAUUGCCUUGAACGAUCUGAUCCCGGAAAUCCUUGUAACUUUACUGAUUUGGGGCUGAAAGGAAUUUCUCAAGGAUGAUUUAAGUUUGGAUAAGAAGAAAGGGCCACCAGGGCAAAGACAACUCUCUGCAGGGUAAAAUGCGAUUUGAUCAGUGUUCUUGAAUUGAAAAUUGCCACCAAAUCCAACUCCUGCUUAACAAAAAAAAAAGUUCCAAGUUAAAGCAUCUUUGACAAAUGGCUCUGUUUUCAGCUUGAAGAAAAACUAGCUUUACUGUUGUUGGUGGUGUGACUGUUUUUAAGAGGGAAGCAAAGAGAUGGCCUUGAAUAUCAAGGUACGCCACUGUAAUAAAACUGAAAUA